AAAAGCUGAAGGAGCUAAGAAGCUUCUAGAGGAGGGUCAGGUUGGUAGCAGUGCCUGCUGGUGUAUGAGUGCCACCACAUCACAGCGUGCUUGGAGAGAUGGCAUAGGGCUGGGAUGGUUUGAGGAAUUUAAUGUCAGUUAAUAUUAUCCUUUGAAAUCAUAUGCCCCAUCCCUGCAGGCAUUCAAGGCCAGGCUGGAUGUGGCUCUGGGCAGCCUGGGCUGCUGGUUGGUGACCCUGCACAUAGCAGGGGGUUGGAACUCAAUGAGCACUGUGGUCCUUUUCAACCCAGGCUGUUCUGUGAUUCUAGGAAAUCUGAAAUGAAGAAUGGUGGUGGUGGGCUGUUUGUAAUGGGAACACAGCAGUAAUUGCCAGUUUAUUACUUUCCUUUAAACAUGGAUGUGUUUGCCUGCAAGCAGGCUGAGCAUAAACUAGUAUUUGUGAUCAAGGCUCUCAGUGCUUUCAGUAAUGGAAUUAUCAGCUAGGUGGCUAAGUAGUCAAUUUGCCUUUUUUAUUAUGCGUAUAGAAAUGAGUUCUCUUUAGCACUUGCUUUUUUAAAGUAAUGUUCCUUUCAAUUCUGCUAUCUUUAGCCCAAAGCACUCCCUGAUAUCUGACUGCUUUCAAACAGUGCGGCGGCACAGACUGACUAAAGGUGGAACAAAUUCCCUGAGCUUUCUUCCUCUUACAAAACCCCUUAACAAAACCUACAGCUCUCCCCCUCGUCUGCAGCCUUUGGAGAAGAGGUAGGAAGGCCGUGUGGUGGUGUGUGUUCUGCCUGCCCACAAAGCAGAGCAGAGGUGCUUCAGUCCAUGGCCGUGCCAACAGGCUGGGCCCAGCUCACCUGUGAGCAAAGAGGGCGUGAGAAGGGAUGUGUCCAACCCGUCCUAAUGUGGCGGUCUGAAUGUCAGCCUUCUGUCUGCUCGGGACUGAUAGAAUUUGUUCACAGGAGUCUCAGUUUCUGUGUGACAAAGCCAAAAAAUGAAGCAGCCCUGCAGUUUGGCCACGUGCUUCGUGUAAGCAGAACUCUGCCUUCACUGCUCUGGAAAUUUUACCUGGGUUAUUUUUAGGCCCAUACUCUUCAGCUAUGAAAAGCAAGCUACCUAUACUUCAGAAGCAUGGAAUAACCCAUGUAAUAUGCAUACGGCAGAACAUCGAAGCCAAUUUUAUUAAACCAAACUUCCAGCAGCUAUUUAGGUAUUUAGUCCUGGAUAUUGCAGAUAAUCCAGUUGAGAAUAUAAUACGAUUUUUCCCUAUGACUAAAGAAUUUAUUGAUGGAAGUUUACAAAGUGGAGGAAAAGUUCUUGUCCAUGGAAACGCAGGGAUUUCUAGAAGUGCUGCCUUAGUUAUUGCAUACAUAAUGGAAACAUUUGGGGUGAAGUACAGGGAUGCGUUUACUUACGUUCAAGAAAGAAGGUUCUGUAUUAAUCCUAAUGCUGGAUUUGUCCAUCAACUUCAGGAAUACGAAGCCAUCUAUCUAGCAAAACUGACCAUCCAGAUGAUGUCACCGCUGCAACUGGAGAGAUCCCUCUCUGUUCCGCCCGGCGCUACAGGAAGUUUAAAGCGAAUGCAUGAAGAGGACGAAGAACUUGGAACCAUGCAAGUGGCAGCAGCACAGAAUGGAUGAGGACAGCACUGUUUGUAUUGUGAACUCCUGCUGAGAAAGGUGAAGAAAGCUAGGGGAGAAAAAGAGAACUAACGCAAAACGAUGAACACACAGCUUUUUUUCAAUUACAUGUUGCUUUCAGAUGUAAAUCUGCCUCUGCAACACACUAAGCAUCAUUUUUAAGAUGUUGGACUUCUUGAAUGAAUAGAUGGCACUGAUUGUUUUACUCCUUUUUUACACUUUACAGUUUUAUUCUAAACCAAGAUUUUUGGACUUGCAAAGAGGUAUUAUUGCAAUAAUGCACUUUUCAUACUUGAAAUUUCUUUAUUUGUAUGAUAUAAAGUUAUUACUUUAAACAAAAUGCAAGCUGGGGGGGAUUUGUUUAUAAAGUUAUUUGUGUAAUUUAUAACAAGAGACUUUAGUAAAGAAAAAGUUUGCUAAAAUUCA